GAAGCGGAAACUAUGCGGCACAUCUUCAUGAACAAUUACCAUCUGUGCAACGAGAUCAGCGAGAGGGUCGUCCAGCACUUUGUGCACUGCAUCGAGACACACGGCCGCCACGUGGAGUACCUGAGGUUUCUGCAGACGAUCGUGAAAGCAGAUGGCAAAUAUGUGAAGAAAUGCCAGGAUAUGGUCAUGACGGAGGUCAAGAUCGCCUACGUGAACUUUGUUAACCACUGUUACGUUGACACCGAAGUGGAAAUGAAGGAGAUUUACACGAGUAACCACAUUUGGAAAUUGUUUGAGAACUUCUUGGUGGACAUGGCGAGGGUGUGUAACACAACCAUAGACAGGAAACAUGCAGAUGUCUUCCUGGAGAGGUGUGUCACUGAGUCUGUCAUGAACAUAGUGAGCGGCUUCUUCAAUUCGCCAUUUUCGGACAACAGCACCAGCCUCCAGACCCACCAGCCCGUCUUUAUUCAGCUGCUGCAGUCUGCCUUCAGGAUCUACAACUGUACCUGGCCCACUCCGUCCCAGAAAGCGUCGGUGGAGUCCUGUAUCAGAACUCUGGCUGAAGUGGGUAAGUCGAGGUGUCUGACUGACUUAGGUAACUGGGCUUUUCGCAUACAGCUGCAUAAGCAGCUUUCCUACCUAGAACAUCGUAAGAAAACAGGUAAAACUUUUGUCAAGUUGACGGCAAAUGAUUCUAGACCUUGCAGGCUCUUUGAAAGGAGAAUGUAUUCAUAUUUCCAAAUAUAAAUGUAGUAUUAUUGUAUGACACUUAAGUAUGGCUCAGUGAGACGUUAUAGCAAUGAUUUAGCUAAUUUUUUCCUAUUUAAUCUGGGAAUUGCCUUGUUUAUUAAUAGUCUGAUGUCAAUAUCUUCUUCUUGUAGUAGCAGUUUUUGAGGGUUUUUCAGUGUUCCAAUUUUGUGUGAGAUCCAUGUACGGUCCAUUUGAAUGUCUUCUAAACAUUGAAAGCUUCAGAAAUUAUACAUGGCAUGAAAGGCAAGAAGUUUAAACUAAGAGAGAGUGAGUGUAAGAAUUCUCAUAGGUUCCUGUGCGUGCACGUUCAUGUCUGUGUGGUUCUGUUGUGUAGGUUAAUUACCAAUAUAUAAAGAUGUCAUCGUAUGCUAUGUGUGUGUUUAUGACAUGUAUGUGUGAUAUGUAUGUGAGUGCCGAUGUGUGUGUGUGUGUGUGUGUGUGUGUGUGAUGGUGCAUGUUGGAGGUCAGAGGACACCCUCAAAUGCUGGUCCUUGCCUUCCACAUUGUUGUUUGCUGGUAUACAGAACAGUCUAGCUGGCCUGUGGUGUCUCCUGCCCUCUUUCUCAGUACAGAUGUGUGUUACCUGGCUGUAUGUGGCUGAUGGGUUCAAACUCAGGUUCUCAUCUUGUAUGGCAAGAACUUUACCUACUAAGCAGUCUCCCCAGAUCCUGUGGAGGUUAGUCAUUGAUGAAGAGGGGGAGGGAGAAGAAACAGACUUGACAGAAAAGAAAAAAAUAAGAAAAGUGGAGAGGUUGGCCUUUCUGGUGGUCCCACAGACAUCAUUGUCACAGGUAUGGCCACUCUUACUGUUCAUGCAACACUUGCCACAGACAAGGCCAAGCUAUUGCACACCCUGAAUUUGGAUAGCUUCUCUGAUUAUUUACAUUUUACAGUUGAGAAACAGAAUAAUCUAGGUUGUAUAAGUUGGUCAGGUAUAUAGUAUAUGCUUAGUAAAUAUAUAUUAUGGAUGGAUACAUGAUUUAAUUCAUUAUGACCAUUGAAGCUCUUUGGUCUUUCCCCAAUAUGCAGUCUGACCCAAGAGAUUAUAUAUUAACAAAAUUUAAUGACACCAAGUUUAAUUGAAGUAAAUGAAAAUCAGAAUCUGGAGAUGUAGCUGAGUGGUAGAACGCUUCCUUAUAAUGUACAGUGUCCUCCAUUCUGUCCUCAGCACCACAAAAGAAGGAGGAGAAGGAAGAGGAGGAACAGAGGAGGGAAAAUAGGAAGGUAAAGACGGGAAACAGGAAGAGGAGCAAGAGGAGAGGGCGCUUAAAACAGCAUCUUGAGGGAUGUGGAAGACUUUCCUAAGUGGAGAGGUGCGCAGUUUCUGGAUUAGAAAAUUCAGUUGGUGAACAGGAAGGCCAGUGCUCGCCUCUUUGGCACAAGUUGUCCCUUGGGCCUGGGCUUUUGCAGAUGCUGUCAUCUUGCCUGGGGUGCUGACCACCUCCUUGUCUGCUUCAACAGCCUUGGUCUGACUGCUGCUUUGAGAA